AUGGCCCGUGUCUUUCAAUACCAGGCAGGUACCGCCGACAAGAGGUUUCCUGUCACUGUCUGUGUGACCUGGGAGAUGGAGAGGCAGAGCCCAGGAGAGAGGCAGGCGGACACUAAUAGGACUGUAGCCACCACCCCCACCACAUCAGCUGCCGUCACCAUGGCAACAGUCAGCUCCGGCAGCACCACGUGCACCCAGGCGCCCUCCGCUUCCCUCAGCAUCACCCCAUCAGACAGACAGGCAGUCCAGGUGAUCCAGCACGCCAUCCACAGGCCUCAGAGCAUGGCGGCCCAGUACCUGCAUCAGAUGUAUGCAGCCCAGCAGCAGCAUCUCAUGCUGCAGACAGCAGCCCUGCAGCAGCACCAGCACACCCCCCAUCUGCAGAGUCUGGCCACCAUACAGCAGGCUUCAGUCUGUCAGAGGCAGUCUCCGUCUUCAUCCACUGGCAGUUUGGUUCAUCCUGCUGGCAUUUCCCAAAACUCAAUCACUUUACCAGCAUCUCCAGUGACGGCCCAGCUGAUUGGCCGUACCCAAACAUCCAACUCCACUGCUGCUUCAACCACCAUAUCCCAGCAGGCCAUGCUCCUGGGAAACCGGCCAGCCAAUUGUAACCAAGCUCAGAUGUACCUUCGAACUCAGAUGCUUAUUCUAACUCCUGCAGCCCCUGUGGCUGCAGUUCAAUCAGACCUCCCUGCCGUCACCUCCUGUUCCUCUUUACCUACCUCCUCUCAGGUUCAGAAUCUGGCUCUGCGUGCCCACUUGCCUGGAGCUCUGGCUACAGCCCACAGUGUCAUCUUAAAACCAUCCGCCCAGUCCCCAGCCCAGUCCCCAGCCCUGUCUCCAGCCACCUCUUUGUCCAAGACAUCAGUCUGUGCGGUAAAGAUGAACCAGUUGACUGAUGCCUCAGGUGAAACAGGUCACCAUGGACCGCAGGUUAUAACCCCAGCCUUCUCCCCAGUGCAGACCCACGCUCUAGCCAAGCAGCAGGUGUCCUGUGCAUCAGGCCAGCGGGUGGCUCACCACCAGCUUAUCCUGCAGCAGGCCACAGCCGGCACUCUCAACCACAGACAGCUCCAGCCCAUCGCCCUCAGAGUAGCACCCCAAGAAACCAACUCCAACCCUCUUCCUCUUUCAGUUAAACGACUGACUACUCACAGCACCCAGUUACAAACCAACAGCGAGCCCCAAGCCCCCUCUUCUUCUUCUUCUUCUUCGUCUUCUCCAUCUGUUACCAGUGUGUUAGCAUCAUCAGCUCAGACCUCAGUCCCUGCUACGACCAUUCAGCCUCAGCCUCCUCCUCUGGUGGCCGCUCCGCAGCGUCGGACAUCAUUCCCACAAGUGCAGAAUCAGCCUCCGCCUCCUCCUCCACCUCUGGUUCUCCCCAGGCUGCCCCAGAACCCCCCAGCGUCCCUCCAGAGGCUGUCUGUGCAUUCAGUCCAGGCCUUGGCCGUCCAGUCAGGGCAGGUGCUGCUCACAGAACAGGAGCUGCCUGUUGCAGAGGCCCUGGUCCAGAUGCCCUACCACAACCUGCCUCCUCCUCAAACGGUGGCUGUUGAUCUUAAAGUGCAACCGGUCAGACGCAAUGAAACUCCAUCGUCGGGGCAAACAUGUAAUGUGAAUGGACUGAGCCCAGAGGAGAGGAAAGAUGAAUGUUCCCCAAAUCGACAGAGAGACAGGACCCCUACACCUCUCAUUGUGUCUCCUAAGCAGAAUGCUGCAGUGAAGGGUUCAUUACCUGUCAUAUCCAGUCACUCAGUGAUCAGGUCACCACAGGUGGAGGAGCCCUCCCAGCUCACCGCCACCAUCAGCAGCAGCAGCAGCAGCACCGGCAGCAACCCUCCUCCUCCAUCUCCUCCUCUACCCCUUCCCAUCCUUCCUAAUGCAGUAAGAGGUCCCAGUCAGCCUCCCUCUGCCCCAACCAGCCCAGACAGAAUACUUACAACGCCCGUCCUCACACACCUCAUAGAGGGCUUCGUCAUCAGAGAGGGCCUGGAGCCAUUCCCAUUGCAGGUGGGUCCUUCCUCACUCUUAGCUGAGCAGCAGGCUUCACUUCCAGAGUCCCAAGAGAUACACACUAAUGUGGAUGCAGCAGCAGAGGACAGUCCUCUGGAUGCUGACCAGUCAGAUUCAACAGACUCGGAGAUGGAAAACGAUGGCCCUACAGCAGAUGUUGCAGAGCUGAGGGAGAGCGUGGCAGGUGUGCUGCAGUGUGAAUACUGCGGAGGCAGAGGUUAUGCUCAGACAUUUCUGCGCUCCAAACGCUUCUGCUCCAUGACGUGUGUCAGAAGGUUCAGUGUGAGCUGCACCAAGCGUAUCACCAUGUUGAGAGCAGGCCGCUGGGGUUACAGGCCAGUGGGCAGGAGAGGACGACCCCCCAGCAGAGUCAAUGGAGCCUCCAGAGAGCAUUUCCUGAGACAGGGUCAUGGGUCAUAUGGCUCAGAGGAGACCCAUCAGAGCUCACUGAGAGAGGAGGAAGAGGAGGUGCAGGAGGAGGAAGAUGAGCCUCCCAUCCCCAUGAAGACCAGACUCCGGAAACAGGCUGAGAGGGAGCGAGAGAGGGCGAGAGAGCAGGAGAGAGAGCAGAGGAUGUCAGAAACAAUCAGUGUUUCUGACGGAGACGGAGACGUCGGCUGUCCGUCCCAGUGGACCGUGGACCAAGUGUUUGCCUUUAUCAACUCCCUGCCAGGUGGUCAAGAUAUAGCUGAACAGUUUCGCUCCCAGGAAAUAGACGGACAGGCUCUGCUGCUUCUCACAGAGGAUCACCUGGUCAGCACCAUGAACCUUAAACUGGGACCUGCACUGAAACUCUGCGCCCACAUUAACUCGCUGAAAGAUGCGUAA